AUGGGACUUGAAACAACUAGGGAUGCUGCCAAAAAUACCCCACCUUCCAUGACCUCUAAACCGCCCAAGCAGAAAGAAGCCAGAUGUGGGCCAGACAGAGCCCCAAGUGGAACAAAAAUAGCCCAGGAGGUGGCUAACAGUGGCAAACUCCAGAGCCAAUCCAAAGCUGCCUGUCUAACUGCAGCCAUGACAUUUGACCCCAGAAUAAAGGAUGCUGGGAAGCUGGAUCCAGAGGAAAGGAUGCAGGUACUAGAGGAGAUGAGGCAGGCCAGUGUGCUGGUGUUGACCAUGGUGUACCAGGAUGGAACCACACAGUUAAACCCAGAACAGAAGCGGACUCCACCAGUGUGUGGCCUGCUGGUUCUGUUCAAGAGGGAUCUGGACUGCAGCACACCAGAGGACUCACUGGGACUGAACGACAGCCUGGUCUACUUAAAACUGGAACACACACCUGCAUGGGCCCAGCAAAACACACACCGGGAGCUUUUUAUUAGAGAGAUGCUACUGCAGAUACUAUCAAGCUGUCAGUUGUCUCAGCUGGUUUGCUAUAAAGCUAAAGACCUACUCCGUACUACUCUGCAGUUCUACAGACGACACCUCAACUGGAAACAAGUGGCAGGCUGUCGUAUCCAGGACCCCCAGGUGUCAGGGUGGCUGCUGGACCCUACAGACACUGCCUCCAGCUACCAGGACCUUCUUGCCAAACACUACAGAAGACCCUCUAUAACACCUGCCCCGGGUACCAAGAGGGUUUCUCAGGUCAUCUCAAAUCUCUGUCUGCUGUACUGGCUUAAUGUGGAGCUGUGCUGUAAACUACAGAGACAGGGGCUGUGGGAGCUUUACUCAAACAUGGAGCUGCACAUGAUCCCUGCUCUGGCAGCAAUGGAGAGCCAUCACAUCCAUGUGGACAAAGAGGCUCUCAAGAGAACUUCAGACAUGCUUGGGACUAAGAUGAAGCAGUUGGAGCAGGAGGCUCACCAGGCAGCAGGACAAAUAUUUUUGGUCUCCAGCAGCACCCAACUACGAACAGUUCUGUUUGAGAAGCUUCGCCUCCAUGAGCGCUGUGAGAACAAGAAGCUUCCCAAGACCAUCAACAAACAACAGCAGUCAACAUCAGAGGCUGCACUGUUGCAGCUUCAGGACCUUCACCCUCUGCCAAAGAUCAUUCUGGAGUACAGACAGGUUCACAAGAUCAAAUCCACUUUUGUUGAUGGAAUUCUCUCUUGCAUGACGAGCAAGAACUACAUCUCCUCUACAUGGUGCCAGACCAGUGUGGUGACAGGCAGAAUUUCAGCCAAACACCCAAACUUCCAGGCGCUCCCAAGACAACCGGUCCAAAUCAUUAAGAAGCAGUAUGUCCAAGGAAAGGAGGAGGAGGUGGUGACAGUUCAUCCUCGGGCCAUGUUCAUUCCUCAGGAAGGUUGGACAUUCCUUGCGGCAGACUUCUGCCAGGUGGAGCUGCGUCUGCUGGCUCACCUCUCCUGUGACCCUGAGCUGCUCCGCAUUUUCACCAACCCGCAGGCCGACGUCUUCACCAUGCUGGCCUCUCAGUGGAAGGGUGUGAGUGAGGGAGAAGUGACCUCUGAGGAGAGAGAACACGCCAAACGCAUUGUCUACUCUGUUGUGUAUGGGGCCGGUCGUGAACGUCUGUCAGGGAUCCUCGGGGUGAGCGCUGAGCAGGCCAGUCAAUUCCAGGACAGCUUCCUUCAGACCUACAAAGAAGUCCAGACCUUCAUACAGAGCACCAUCCAGCAGUGCCACAAACAAGGUCACGUUCUGUCCAUCAUGGGUCGCCGCCGGAGCCUUCCCAACAUCCACUCCGCAGACUGGGGCAUCCGUAUGCAGGCUGAGAGACAGGCUGUUAACUUUGUGGUCCAAGGUUCUGCUGCUGAUCUCUGUAAGAUGGCCAUGAUCAGAAUCUUCAGCCAGGUCUCUUCCUCCAGCUCGCUUUCUGCCAGGCUGAUAGCCCAGCUCCAUGAUGAGCUGCUGUAUGAAGUGGAAGACUCGCAGUUGGAAGAGUUUGCAGCUGUGGUGAAGAACACUAUGGAGUCCCUGCAGCACAUAGACUCUCUAGGAGUCCAUCUCAAGGUUCCGCUGAAGGUGGCUCUCUCCAGUGGCAAGUCCUGGGGCUCCAUGUCUGAGCUUAACAUCCCUCCAACGUCUCCCUGUGCCUCUCCUCUUUGA